AUGUCCUCGACCUCAAGAGGCGGGCCUCCCAUGGGCCGAGAUCGAGACCGAGACGUUCGAUACGGAAGCGCAACAACAGAUGAAUACGGAAAACGGAAAAAGAGUCACUAUGCUGCCUCCACCAGGAGAGACUUCAAGCUGACGAAUUCACCACCUCCAGAGGCAGCUUCGUCGAGCUCAUACUCUUCAAAUAAGUCCGCUGGAACUGAUUACGGCAGAUCGCGUUAUAGACAGCCGUCUAGCUUAAGCAAUAGUGGGCCUCUGUACUCCAGCAGGCUGAACCUUUACGGGAAGGACUCAAGGUAUGGGCUGAAGCCAAGCUACAAUUACAACGCAAAAUACUACAAUGAAAGAAGCAGUGGAGGUGCAUACGGCUCGUACAAUGCUAGCAAACGAGAACCGGCCAGCAACUACUAUGGAUAUCCUAGCUCAAAUAGAGACUUCAGAGAUAGCAGGGACUUCAGAGACAGCAGGGAGGCAAGAGAGCCCAGAGAGCCCAGAGAGCACCGUGAGACCUGGGAUUAUAAGGAAUCGACGUCUCGAGAUAUGAUCAGCAGCUCCAGUCUACCGAGAGAAGGUGCAAGAGACCAGUGGCGCUCAGAUAGGCCUAAGACGUCACUCACGGCAUCUGGCCCUCCUCCUAGAUCAUAUGGCUCCUCGCGCUAUAACGCUAAUAGUAUCCCCGUAUCUGGACGUGAUCAUCAUCGAGGUAGUGGCGCUUUGUCGCAUUCGGGUCCAGACUUCAAGAGGGAAAGAUAUGACUACGACAAUGACCACUCCAAUCGAUGGAAACUGACAUAUAGCUCGAGAGAUAAGCCUAGGUCUCUCACGGGCUCUCGUCCCUACAAGGAGAAGAGAAGCUCUUCUUCCCUAACUAACAGUGUAGGAGGUCUCAAAAGGGGCGACUCUUACUACCCAUCGAAGGGCUCUGCAUACCCGUCUGGCAUCAAUAGAUAUCAGGAUAGGUAUACCGACAGGUAUACUGAACGAAGACAUGAUUCAGAUGAUGUCAAGUCUGGUUAUGAUGCAGACGACUACGUCACUGAGGAGGCUAGUGCAGACGACGUCAAUAAACUGCGCUACCAACGUGAGGAAAUAAUUGAGGAUGGUGUCCGAGAUAAGGAAGAUGAAGAUAUGAAGGACGAUGAGUACAUGAGCGACAAGGAGACUACCGCUAAUGACUGGGAAGAUACCACAAAUGUUGACUCCGAGUUGGAAGCUAAGAAGAUUUCCGAAUCUGUUGUUCAUGAUCUUAAGUCUAUGGAUGGAGGUCAGAGAAGACAUAGCGUGACUCGCGAAGAAGAUUCAUCUCCACAAGAAAUUGAUGGUGAAAAACUGCACAAAAUUCACAUCACCGAGGAAGAGGGAGAGCUGAAAGUGAAGGUAGAAGCACCCUCAGAGCCACCUUCAUCAGAGCACACGCAAUCCAAAGACCUCACCACUUCUACCCUCUCUUCAAUCGAUGAACUCAAGAUGAAACAAGUCACCAAGGAAGAUCUUGCAUCAGUUGAUUACCCUGCGGGCUGCUUUGCUCCUCUUACAGAACUCGACACGAAACUUCAACAACUAAGCUUUGAGUUCAGAUUUGAGAAUUCACAGAAUGAUGAUGGCACUUUCCUCAGGUUCAGGUUGGCGAAACCAUUGAAGAAUAUUCAAGAGUAUCCUUUUUAUCAGCAGAACUUGUCUGACUUUGCGUCCAAGUACAAGCGUAUAAGCGAAAUCCUUGGUCGUCGCGAGCGUGACAUGAAGAAGAGACGUCUCUCAUUGUGGAUGAAAUAUAAUGAAUUACAAAAGGAAAAUGAUGAGAGACGCGAGAAGCUCGACGAACAGCUCAAGGUAUUACAUCCACCUGAUGACGAAGCUAGAAAAGAAUUGGAGUCAAUUGAUAUAAGGGUAAAGAAUAAUGAUCAGGUCUCUGACGCUCAAUCUCCAACAGAGCCUCAACCUCCUGCUGGACGAAGAGGACGUCGUCACGGUGAUUUGGUGACAACGGAGGCUGAAUUUCAAGAGAUCUUGAAAAGUUUGGAAAAUGAGCUGAAUGAAGAUCCAUUGAUAAAAGCUCAGCGUGUUUCUGCUACGAUUCCAGAUCUCAUUUUAGAUCCCGUUGAGCGCCAAAGCUUCGUUUUCAUGGACUCAAACAAUAUUGUUCAUGAUAAGGAAAAAUGGGCAAGUCGUAUCAAGUCAGACUUUAUGGACAAUUUCACCGAGAGAGAGCAUGACGCUUUCUGUGAGGCAUUCUGUCGUGCUCCAAAACGUUUUGGUCAAAUUUCCAAGAUUAUAGGUGGCUUGAGAACUCCGGAAGAGUGUGUUGUGCACUAUUACAUGACAAAGAAGGCGGUCAACUACAAGUACUUGGUAUCACAGUUCAAAAAGCGUUCAGCCAGGAAGCCUUCAAGAAGAAAGUCUAAACUUAAAGAGCAAGAGGCGUCCGAAACCACAGAUGUCGCUCCUUUGGAGGGUACUGAUAGUAGCAAAGAGACCGAAGCAAUGACGCCUGAUGUUCCUUCCCUCGAACCCGCCGAAGAGGUGAAGCGGAGGCGUGGGGCUACAUUGCUGAGUGAAGAAUUGGCAAGGGCAAUUUCCGGUGAGGAUGAUGCGGAGCGGCCCCCUAAGAAGAAAGCACGGAGACGUAAGGAUGAAGAAGUACAGGUAUCGGUAGACGAUAAGCCUACUGAGCAGCCGCCUUCGGUUGCUGUGCCCCACGUCGAAGGUGCCUAUCCUGGGGCUCCAUCCGCUCAGGUAUCUCCGCAAGAUGGUCUUGCUAAUGGCUCAGUCGCAGAUGAUAAGCGCAAGACCAUCACAAGUUAUUGGAGUAUCACCGAAGUCAAUGAGUUCCCUCGCUUGCUCGCACAAUAUGGUUCCAAGUGGUCAAUCAUUUCCAAGAUGCUCGGCACCAAAACCCCUACGAUGGUCAGGAAUUACUAUCAAAGAAAUGCCGCGAAGAACGGAUGGCAACAGCUUGUCUUGGAUGCGGACGGAAGACUUGGAGGUGGGUUUGACACACAUGCGCAGCUCUCCAACGUGGAUGCUACGAUUGUGGUGAAGCCUCAACGGCGUCCUGAUGAGAAUCCUCUGGGUCGCAGACAGGAGGAACAUGUCAAUGGCUCGUUUGGAAGCGCUACAGUAGCCGCCCCUCCUCCCCCUGCUCCACCGAGGAUGCCCGAAAUUCCUGUGGGCACCUUCCAGCAUCCAUAUCCAAGCUCUGCUUUCCCGCCCAAGCGGGCAUCUGUCGGCUCCUUGCUCUCAGGUCCAGUGCCUGUAAUGUACGAGCAGACGCCUUACGCGAGCACCAUACCACCAGCUACAGCACCAGCUCCAGUUACUCUUCCACCGGUCCUUCCUGCGUCACAGGCACAGCAGCCAGCCAAGCACGGAGGGGUGAAACCCUCAAUCAUGAGUCUUCUUAAUGCGGACAGCACAGGUCUGCUGCCUCCACCCAUGUCAGCACCAACGGCAUCGCCAGCACCACCUCAACAGCCGCAAAUCAGCACACAGCUACAAGUUAGCACACAGCCCGUUCAACCAGCGCCGGCGCCGGCGCCGGUAAAAGCCCCCAAACCAGGCAACCUUGCGUCCUUGCUCAACGCUGCCUCGUCACCAUUGCGUGCGCCAGAAGCAGAGGAGAGCAAGCCCGAGCCUCCUAAACCCACCCCCCGCAAGAAUAGCAUCAAGUCUUUAUUGCACGACCUGUGA